AUGGCUAAGAUUUACUACGCCUCGAGAACGGCACCCGUGAACAUUGCUAAAGACCUGAGGACUCUCACCACUGCCUCCUGUUCUGAAGGUUUCGAAAGAGACGAACUGUGGCUAAAUGGCCAACCCCAUUCUCUGGACACGCCGAGAACCCAACAGUGUCUGCGCGAUCUCAGAAAACACAGAGAGGAACUCGAAGCUCAGGAUGGAUCUCUCCCAAAACUCAGCAAAAUGCACCUGCACAUUGUCAGCGAGAACAACUUCCCGACAGCCGCGGGUCUGGCAUCAUCUGCAGCCGGAUUUGCAGCAUUGAUCUCGGCUGUUGCAAAACUUUAUGAGCUCCCUCAGAGUGCCUCUGACCUCAGCAAGAUUGCAAGAAAGGGUUCUGGCUCGGCGUGCAGAUCGCUCUUUGGAGGAUACGUGGCCUGGGAGAUGGGAGAGUUAGAGAACGGCGAGGACUCCAAGGCUGUGGAAGUGGCUCCGCUGAGUCAUUGGCCAGACAUGAAGGCAUGUAUUCUGGUGGUUUCUGACGAUAAAAAGGACGUUCCUAGUACAAGCGGUAUGCAACUGACCGUCAAGACGUCAUCAUUGUUUCAACACCGUGUCGAAAAGGUUGUUCCGCAGAGAUUUGAAGAAAUGAAAAAAUCCAUCAGGGAGAAGAACUUCCCGUUGUUUGCCGAGCUGACCAUGAAAGACUCCAAUUCGUUCCAUGCGACAUGCCUAGACUCCUACCCUCCAAUCUUCUACUUGAACGACACGUCUAAAAAAAUCAUCAAGCUCAUCAACCUACUGAACGAGUCUGCCGGAAAAAUAAUUGCAGCUUAUACGUUCGACGCAGGACCUAAUGCCGUGAUCUACUACGAGCAGAAAAACGAGUCGAGAGUUCUAGGCCUACUCCAUGCUCUAUUCAAGUCUGUUGAUGGAUGGCAAAAGAUUGACCCCGAGACCCUGACUCCUCCAUCCAUUGAGUUGGAUCCAACAUGGGGGUCGGGCGUUUCCAGAGUUAUUUUGACCGAGGUUGGUGCAGGCCCACAGGACUCGGAUGAGGUGUUGAUCAAUGUGGAAACAGGGUUACCGAAAUAA